AUGGUUAUUUCCUGAUAUCAAGAAACGUCCCGAAUUGAUGUCUGCGCACGCACCAUAUCGUCCAAAGCGAGUCGAAUGGUUUCAUUUCUGUGCCUGUAAAUGAAAGUGGGAUUGGAUUUUUACAAUAUGAGGUCUGACUCCCUGUAAACGGUGAUGGCUCCAGGCGACAUGGUGCCGGAGCAUGCCAAGCAGCAUAAGCUCAAGCAGAAGAAGGAGAACCGUCAGAGCACCACCACCACCACCACCAGGCCCGAUGGAGACUCUGAGCCUGACGGAUCCUUUGUCUUUGAGGCCUAUGAGGCAUGGAAGGACUUCCACGACUCCCUGAGGCAGUUCUACGAAGUGGGGGAGCUCUGUGAUGUCACACUGAAGGUUGGCAGCAGGCUGAUACCAUGCCACAAGCUGGUGCUGGCUUGUGUCAUCCCUUACUUCAGGGCCAUGUUCCUGUCCGAGAUGUCCGAGGCCAAACAGGACCUGAUUGAGAUCAAGGACUUUGACGGAGACGCCAUCCACGACCUGGUGCGUUUCGCCUACUCCUCCCGUCUGACCCUGACAGUGGACAAUGUACAGCCCCUCCUCUACGCAGCCUGUAUACUGCAGGUAGAGUUGGUUGCCAGAGCCUGCUGUGAGUACAUGAAGGCCCACUUCCACCCCUCCAACUGCCUGGCUGUCCGCACCUUUGCCGAGAGCCACAACCGCGUCGACCUGAUGGACAUGGCAGAUCGCUACGCUUGCGAGCAUUUCCGGGAAGUGGUGGACUGUGAGGACUUCCCGUGCGUGUCGCCUCCUCACCUGAGAACCCUAUUGUCCUCCAGUGAUCUGAACAUCCACUCUGAGACUCAGGUGUACACCGCUGCUGUCAAGUGGUUGAAGAAUAACCCUCAACACCACGAGGCCUGGCUGCAGCAGAUCAUGACUCAGGUGCGUCUCCCCUUGCUCCCAGUAGACUUCCUGACAGCCACGGUGGCCAAAGAGGAGAUGAUCAGAGGGAACCUGAGCUGCAGAGAUCUGCUGGAUGAGGCCAGGAACUAUCACCUGCACCUCAGCAACAAGGUGGUCCCGGACUUUGAGUAUUCAGUAAGAACAACGCCUAGGAAACACACUGCAGGUGUGUUGUUCUGUGUGGGUGGGCGGGGUGGUUCUGGUGACCCGUUCCGCAGCAUCGAGUGUUACUCCAUCAGCAAGAACAGCUGGUUCUUUGGACCUGAGAUGAACAGUAGGAGACGACAUGUUGGAGUCAUCUCUGUAGGAGGUAAAGUGUAUGCAGUAGGGGGGCAUGAUGGUAGUGAACACCUGGGCAACAUGGAGAUGUUUGAUCCUCUCACUAACAAGUGGAUGAUGAAGGCUUCCAUGAACACUAAGAGAAGGGGCAUAGCUCUGGCAGCUCUGGGAGGUCCUAUCUACGCCAUCGGAGGCCUAGAUGACAACUCGUGCUUCAACGACGUGGAGAGAUACGAUAUCGAGAGCGACCGCUGGACUGCUGUGGCGUCCAUGAACACACCCAGAGGAGGGGUGGGCUCUGUGGCCUUAGGGAGUCAUGUGUACGCUGUGGGAGGUAACGACGGUGUGGCCUCUCUGUCCAGUGUGGAGAGGUUUGACCCCCACCUCAACAAGUGGACAGAGGUCAGGGAGAUGGGCCAGAGACGAGCAGGGAACGGAGUCAGUGAGCUGAACGGAUGCCUCUAUGUCGUGGGCGGUUUUGAUGACAACUCCCCGCUGAGUUCCGUGGAACGUUUGGACCCCCGUCUGUGUCGCUGGAACUACGUCUCUGAGCUGACCACGCCCCGAGGCGGAGUGGGCGUGGCCACGGUCAUGGGUCGAGUGUUCGCAGUCGGUGGUCACAACGGAAACAUUUAUCUUAACACAGUGGAGGCCUUCGACCCCCGUAUGAACAGAUGGGAGCUGGUGGGGUCUGUCUCUCACUGCCGGGCAGGAGCCGGAGUGGCCGUCUGUUCCACUCACAUCAGCCAGAUCAGAGACGUGGGCCAGGGCUCCAGCAACGUGGUCGACUGCAUGUGACCGCUGGCUGACCCGGGAAAACUGCACAAGAUCAGACGUGCACAGAACAGCACCCAUCCCACGCACAGCCACAAGCACUCAAUCACACUGCACCGGACACUGACUAGGAGCAGCUGUCCUUGAAGCAGCACUUCCCUUUAGCACUGAUUGUAAUGUAACCAGUCUCACUAUGUUAGGUGGUGUGCAUUGUUAUUAUUCAGCUGAAGACACUUCUCUGACUGAACCUUAUCAGUGGAGAACUGAUCAACAAACAAUCCAUAUAUUUUCUCUUUUUGUGAUGUUUACAGAUGCAAUUCAGUGAUUGGUGUAUUUUGAACAAAUUAUAGAUUUUCUUUGCGUUUUGACUGCUUUGGAACUUUAUCGAAGGAAAAUAGCUGACUGAUCGUUGCGCUUUAGAUGUCUCAUUAGACAGGCCUUGCAUAUCAACUUGUAUUUUUUUUUAAGAGCGACCGGUUAGUACUCUAUCAGACCUCACUUUCACAAUCAUCACUGUCUGAACCGGUUAGUACCUAUGCUCUGUCAGACCUCACUUUCACAAUCAUCACUGUCUGAACCGGCUAGUACCUAUGCUCUGUCAGACCUCACUUUCACAAUCAUCACUGUCUGAACCGGCUAGUACCUAUGCUCUGUCAGACCUCACUUUCACAAUCAUCACUGUCUGAACUGAGAGAUCUUCCUAGGGUUCCCAGCAGUCUCUCACAUAUAAAACAGUAUAAGAGAGAGCACUGUGAAGUAUGGACAGUAUCUGGAGGCUGGAAAGCUGUCAAGUGAAGACUCUGAACAGAACAGUGUUUGGGAUUUAAAAAAAUAUAAUCUGACAUUCUAUUGACUCACACAUAGACAUAGAGGAUUUCAGGGCUUUCAUUCAGAUCUAUCCGCUGUAAGCUCCGUGAUGCUGAAACCGCUUUCGUGUUAGCAUUAGCUAGCUGUAGCCUGUAUUUGCGUUUUGAACAAUCAUUCAGACUGAUUCUAAUUGAGAGAGUUUAAUCUAUGGCGGUCUUUGGCAGAGUUGGACUAAAUUGUGAAGCAAUAAGAGGUUGAUAUCUCUGUUACCAGACUGAACGUGUGCAGUUUUGAAAUGACUGAGGGACUAGUGAUAACUCUCAGGACAGACAGUCUAGGGUCUUAGCAGAAUGCUAACCCUCAUACUCUCUGUGUUCUACUCAAAGAUGGCUGGGUUUGUCAGUAAACAAGUGUGCUUUCAGACGUGUGAAGAGAUGAAUCCUCUAUCUGCCAAAUGAUUCCGAUUUUACAAUUUUUAUAUUUGGAAGUUUUUAUGAAAUCAGUGCUUAUCUUUGGUGUUGUUCUUUACUGUCUUGUCUUAGACUUGUUGUUGUGCACUAUCUUCCUAGAGUCAUCAGGGGUUUCACUAUGUUUUGUCCUAUGGAAAUGUUUAUGCUAUUUUCAACAUGUUUUGACAGUGAGUGUCUGCUCUUUUUUUUUUUUUUUUGAGGCCUUGUGUUUGAAGAUUUUUCCUCAACCUUAUUUUCUUGUGACUCCUCCUGGUCAAUUCAAGGCCUUUCAGGUAAUUCUGGAUUUGAUUGUGAGACUGUUGUUGGUCAACAGAUUGACCCAAGACUUUGAUUUAGAAAUACACAUGUUUGAAGCGAUGAUAUGCAUUAGGAAAACAUGCUCUUUCCAUGACAUAGACCGACUAGGUGAAUCCAGGUUAAAGCUAUGAUCCCUUAUUGAUGUCACUUGUUAAAUCCACUUCAAUCAGUGUAGACGAAGGGGAGGAGACAGGUUAAAGAAAGAUUUUUGAGACAUAGAUUGUGUAUGGGUGCCAUUCAGAGGGUGAAUGGGCAAGACAAAAGAUUUAAUGGGGCAAGCUGAAAGUGCCUUUGUACAGGUUAUGGUAGUAGGUACCAGGUGCACCGGUUUGAGUGUCAAGAACUGCAAAGCUGCUGGGUUUUUCACACUCAACAGUUUCCCGUGUGUAUCAAGCAUGGCCCAUCACCCAAAGGACAUCCAGCCAACUUGACACAACUUUAGGAAGCACUGGAGUCAACAUGGGCCAGCAUCCCUGUGGAACGCUUUGGACACCUUGUAGAGUCCAUGCCCCGACGAAUUGAGGCCGUUCUGAUGGUCCUUAAUAAUGUUCUGUACACUCCGUUAUAUGCAUAUUUUCUCUUGUGCCCUCCAUUUAAGGGAAUAUUGAAUUGUUGCACCAUUGGUUUGUUGUAUUCUACAAUAGAACUGUAAUACCUCUGGUGUGUCAUACUGUACACCAGGGGUGUGUACUGACUUGCCAGCCGUAAUAUAGAACAUAUAGAAUGUAAGUUCAUGCUUUUGUAAAUGUGUUCCUAUUGGUUCAGAUGAAUGCUGUGUCUUUGCAUUGUAUUUUAUAUAGCUAAAAUCUUCAUUUUUGUUGAUGUUACUAUAAUAAAUCUGUCAUUAUCCAUGA